CACUCUACCAAAUCUUAAGCUACUACUCGUUGUUGAUUGUUAAACUCCAUCAUCUAAUGGCUUCUUCAUCAAAACCCAAAAGGAUUUACGAUGUGUUCUUAAGUUUCAGAGGCGAGGAUGUCCGGAACAACUUUCUCGGUCAUCUCUACAAAGCUCUUGACCAGAAAGGAAUCUACACUUAUGUUGAUAGCGAGGAGCUUAGGAAAGGAGAGCAAAUAGCACCAGAGCUUAUGAUGGCAAUCGAGGAAUCGCAUAUCGCAAUCAUUGUUUUCUCAGAGGAUUACGCUUCCUCAUGUUGGUGUUUGGAAGAGGUGGCGAAGAUCAUGGAUUGCAAGGAAGAAAGAGAUCUCAUGGUCUUUCCCUUGUUUUACAAAGUGGAUCCCAAAGAAGUGAGAACACCAAGAGAGAAGUACAGAAAAGCUAUGCUUAAGCAUGAGUCCAAGUUUGGGAAGGAUUCGGAGGAAAUAAAGAGAUGGAAGAAAGCUCUUUUUGAUGCCGGUAGCUUGUCCGGGUGGCAUUUGAAAGAUGGAGAUGAGUCGGAGCUUAUACAAGGAAUUGUAACGGAAAUCUCCACUCACCUAGACCGGACACCUUUGCAUGUGGCUAAGCAUCCGGUUGGGAUAGAUUCCCAAGUGGUUAAGCUGAAAUCGAUUUUAAAUCUUGAGUCUAAUGAUGGUGUUCUCAUGGUGGGAUUUUGGGGACAAGGAGGCAUAGGAAAGACAACUUUAGCGAAAGCCCUUUACAAUGCUAUUUCUGGAAUAUUUAAGGGUUCAUGUUUCUUGGCAAAUGUUCGAGAGGCUUCGAAAGAUGGCAAGGGUUUAGUUUCUUUGCAAGAAAAAUUACUUUAUGAGAUAUUAUCACUACAACAAACAUUAGUAGUGUCUAGUGUCGAUAGAGGUAUUAAUCUGAUAAGAGAAAGACUUCGUUGUAAAAAAGUUCUCCUUAUCCUUGAUGAUGUGGAUCACUUGCGCCAAUUAAAUGCUUUAGCAGGAGAAGGCAAGUGGUUUGGUGAUGGAAGUAGGAUCAUCAUUACUACCAGAGAUAAACAUUUGCUAACUUGUUCUGACAUAGAUCAAGUUCAUGUGUAUGAAGUUAAACCAAUGGCUUAUAGUGAAGCUCGUGAGCUGCUUAGUAAGUAUGCAUUUUCGACACACAAAAUAUUAAAAAUCAAGACAGAUCUAGUGGAUGGUGUUCUAGAUCAUGCUAAAGGCCUUCCUUUAGCACUUGAGGUACUGGGUUCCUUCUUACGUGGUAGAAGAGAAGAUGAAUGGGAAAGUACACUAUAUAAAAUAUCUACGGCUCCUAACAAUGACAUCAAUGAUGUACUCAAGAUAAGUUAUGAAGGACUACAGUCAAAUGAGAAAGAGAUUUUUCUCGACAUUGCAUGCUUCUUUAAGGGGUGGGAAACUGAGUACGUAAAAAAAGUUCUUGAAGGUUGUGAUUUAAAGGUAGUAAUAGGAUUACAAAUUCUCAUUGAGAGGUCCUUAAUAAGAAUUGAGUCUAGAUGCCUACAAAUGCAUGACUUGAUUCAAUUGAUGGGCAUGGAUAUUGUGAACCAAGAGUGCGAUGAUCCCGGGAAACGCAGUAGACUAUGGCUGUGUGAUGAUCUUCUCGAUGUUCUGUCAUACAACAUGGGAGAUUGUAUUGUAAAAGCCAUAGUGUUGGAGCCACCUGAGCCAACAGAGAUAUAUAUCGGUCCACAUGAUUUUACAAAAAUGAGAAGAUUGAGAUUGCUCAUUUUGCACAAUGUGCAUAAUUCUUUCCAAGUUCCUAUUUUUCUUUCUAAUGAGCUAAGAUGGUGUCGAUGGGAUGGAUGUGCCACCUUUCCAGAAUUUUCCUCUGGUAAAAAAAAAUUAUUGGGACUUGAUAUGAACAAUUGCAGUAUGCCAGUAGUGCCAAAUUAUUUAAAGGUGAGCAUUUACCUGCAUUGA